AUGGUCUCAGUAAAAUCUCGCCUCGGCGGAGUCGUGAAAAACAACCGCUCCUCGGAACACGACGAUCGUGCUCCAGAAUCCGACAGAUCCGUCUCGACUAAGCCUUCUUCUCGCCCGGCGGGAGGCGCUUUCGGUGCCAAUUUCAUCAAUGGCUAUCUUGGUGGAGGAAAAACAACACCAACUUCUCGUGUUUCCAAAACACAAAUAACUAAAAAGAACCCAACCCAAUUGAGCCUCAAAUCCGGCAGCAUCGUCCAAGUGGUAAAAAGAAACAACUCGAGCAGUGGAGAUUUGAAAAGCCGCCUUGGAAGCGGAUCAUCUGGUCGCCGAGUUUCCACCGGUGGAAUGCGAUGUGACGAGAUCGAUCCUCCAGCACGGAAAAAAAAUGCUGUUUUCUCCAAGUCGAACUUGGAAAAUUUCAAACUGUCGGUGAAGAACGAUUCCAGCGGCCUCCUCGGAAUCGACCUCAACAAUGUUUCUCUCAAAAGAAGAAUUUCCAAUGACAAUGUGUCAUCUGGAAACAGAAAAUGGGGUAGCCUGAAACGAACUGUGCCAAAUCGCAAUUCUUCUGAUUCGGACUCUUCUGAAUCUGAAGAAAUCGAACGGCCGAAGCGAAAGAUCUCCGCAAAGAAGAAGGAAGACCGUGCCUUGUACAAGAGUGCUUUGAAUGAUGUUUUGGAGACGAAGAAGAAAGCACGAUCAGCGCUAGAAUCGAGAAAGAGAGCGAGUCGAAAGAAAGUCGCUGAGAUGGAUUCGGAUUCUUCGGACGCCGAACCUUCGCCCAAAAAGCGAAGCAGAAAGGAGAAAACGACCAAAGAAGAAAGCGAGGAGGAAGAGGCAUUUGUGCCUAUUCGACGGCCAGGAGAGCGGGGGAAAUCUGCGGCGAAGGACGAACAUGACUCUGAUGAAGAUUCCCAUUCGCCGAUUGAAGGAUACCGACUGCAAGUGGAGAAUCUGAACUCGUCUGUCUCGGAAUCGGAUUUAGUCGAUCUCUUCUGCGCAAUCGGAGCUGUGCGAGACGCGCGACUCCAGACCAGUGGAGAAGCGAUUGUGACGUUUGUGAAACGAGCAGCAGCGAUGGCCGCAAUUACCAAAUACAAUGGCCGGGAACUGGACGGAGAGAAAAUAAGCGUGAGCCCGUACCGUAUAAUGGAGCUUCCGCGAAAGUUGCCCUAUCAGUGGAGAAACGAGUACCCGACGAAGAAGCCCCGUGUUCGACAGGAAUUAGUCGGUGAGAUUCACCCCUCGAUUUUGUUGCCUGCUAUUACUGGAGUCGCCUCUGAAGACUCGAAAUCGGUGACCUUCACCGUGAAAGUCUAA